UUCAAAGCGGACGAUCCAAAGCGUUUCCGACUCAACUUGCGGGUCGAGCCCGAGACCUUUGAUGCACUCCUCGAGAGGCUGCAAGACCACUCGGUCUUUGUCAGCGAUGGACCACGCGAUCAGCUCUCGGUCGACAAGCAGCUGGCUAUUGCCUUGUAUCGAUUCGGACACUUUGGCAAUGCGGCAUCUGUCGAGGGUGUCGCUCAGUGGGCUGGCGUCUCGGCGGGAAUGGUUGUCAAUGCGACCCGACGUGUCAUGGUGGCCUCGCUGGCGCUGCAUGAUGAAGUCAUCCACUGGCCAAGUGCUGAUGCGAAGGAGGAAGCGAAGGAAUGGGUGGAAAUGGUCUCAUGUGCAGCAUGGCGGGACGGUUACUGCUUUGUCGAUGGGACACUCGUUCCACUCGCCGAGAAGCCUGCGCACUACGGUGAGGCGUACUUUGACCGGAAGUCGAAUUAUUCCCUAAACGUACAGGUG